CACACACACACACACACACACACACACAUCACUAACUCACUCUGUCUGCUUGUCUCUUCUCUGCCUCUCCCCAAUGUCAUCUUCAUUUCCUCCUUACAUGAGCUUGCUCGUAUGUAAAGCAAUAUCAGUGAGAGUUGACAGGAGGCGAGCUGACGAGAGGGGUGACAGAGGACAAAGUUUAGAGGACUUCUCUUCUUUUCAAAGCCUAACGGACUUUCAGAGGUGUGAGAAAAAGUGGACUGAGCUGUGACAUCAGGUUGGACUCAAAAGGUUGAGGGCAGACAGGUGGGAUGGCAGAGGCCUGCGUGGGUUCACCCCCCCAGGUGUUUGUGGUGGACAGCCAGGCGAGCUACGUCCCCAUUCCUGUGGGGAGGAAACAUAGGUGGGCGAGUGGAGGCCAGAAGUUUCUGCUGCUGAUGGUGGGACUCGUCGUGUUUGGACUUGUUGUUCAGGGAUGUUUUAUCCACAACCUCAACAAAAAAAUGGAGGCGUUCUCUUCAUGCAUGUGUCACCCUCUCUGUCAAAACCUAUCGAGUCCCAUAUCAUCCAGCCAACAGGGGGGCACACUACUCAGUAAAAUCAGACCCAAAGACAAGUUCAACAAGACUUCUACAGUGAGACCACAAACGGAGGAUGUCCAGCAGCGGCCCUUUGCUCAACUGAUGGGAUCCAGCUUGACUGUGGACAGUGACAAUGUGGUGCAGUGGAUUAACAACAGCGAGGACAGCAUCACUCAGAACAUGGGCUACAAAAAUGGACGGCUGUUGGUGGAGAAGGACGGCUACUACUACCUCUACUCCAAAGUGUCGUUAGACGUUCAAGAGCCAUGUUUGUUUUUCCAGCACGAGGUUUGGAAAGACACCAAAGCUUAUGGGAAACCUAUACGACUUAUGAAAUCAAAAAGACACCAAUGCUUGACUCACAAAUUUAAAGAUUCUCAAGAUGUGCUGGAGGAUUAUUGGAACAGUUUUCUGGCGGGAAUCUUCGAGCUGCAGCGAGGCGAUGAGAUUUACAUCAAACUGGACAGUAAACAGAAGAGGCAUCCAGAUCCUGCUGACAACCUGAUGGGGGCGUUUAUGAUCUCAGAGAAACGCCUCAGGCCCACUCUGUGAACAGAUUCUAUGUCUCUGUUUGUUUAUUUACAUAUUAAUAUAUAAUAUAAGUUAUUUUGUUCUCAAGGAAUGUGUUGAAUCAUUUAUAGAAAAGCAACAAUUGGUUGUGAUGUAAAGUAUCUGAUAUUUGGGUUAUAUAAUCCUUAAUCCUUAUUGAUAAUAUUCUGUAUGAUUUGUUGUUCAAAUAAACUGCUGUCUUGU